UGUCAUUUCCCUGCCAGGACUGGUGGUGACGGGGAUGGCGGCGGCCUUUUGGAGCAAGCUCUGUCACCUGUUAAACCUGAUUGCCUCAUUUUCCCUAUUCUACACAGCCUAUUUUCAGACUGGGCGCUCGGAUGGCUUCAUAUGGGUGUGUUAAUGGAGGUGCGGGCAGUGUGGUCCAUCAACGUGGGCUGCCUGCUGUGCCUGUUGGUGUACCUGGCAGUGGCGAGGCUCAGAACCGUCACUAGGAAGUCCAUGCCCGACCUCAAGCUGACCCACGACUCCCAGACCUCAUCAUUUCCCAGCCUGGCCGCCCUUGUUCUCCAUCACGAAUCUGGGGAUAUGGUGUCCGUGUUCCUGGUACUGACGUGGCUCAAGUUCCUCAGCAUGAGCUCCAAGGAACACCUCAGGGAAGAGGGAAUGCUUACGCCGCAAAUGUCGCCGCUGAGGAUGCUGAAGAUGCUGACUUUCCUGUUCGUGCUGUUUGUCGGGGUCAUCACGGCCGCCUACUUCGCCCAUCUCCCUUCCUCACUGCCACAGCCGUCACCUUACUGAGCAUCGAUACCUCAGUUUGAAAAGUAGAGGAGAAAGCAACGUGCCCUACCAGGAGCCACAUUCUCAAACUCUUCAUUGCUCACACACCCACAUUUGGUAAGGCUUCCGUAGAGGUUGUGUUAGUAUUUCCAUGGGUAGUUUUAUGAGCCUAGUGAUAGUCUGAUAAGGCGCACUCAUGAGAACCCGACUAAUUUCCUUUGUGGCCUUUCGAAAUAUUUGUUGCUAGAGGCGAAAGCGUCUGAGAACACAUGGUCAAUAGCAAGGAAUCUAUCUAGAAACCCUAAAGUGUAUCUCCCCGAGACCAGCGUUACCAAAUUAUCGUACUCAGCCGCUCAGCACAUCGUAUUUUCCGGUUUCUGAGUCAACAAUCGCAAACGAACCCUAGCUAAUAUUGCACUUUACUUGAAUACAGAGGGAAAGCAGAUUAGGUUCGCAUGGCUUUCAUUUUCGAAGUUGACCACUCUUUUGGCUGCUUAUUCCUACCUUUUUUUUUUAUCAGAGCAGUGAUUAUUAGGCUUUUUUUUCUUCUUUUUUCCCUUGAGCUGCUUCCUUUACUGUAAAAAGUAAAGUCAAACGUAGAGGAAGACAGUUAUAUGUUUUUAUCAGGUGAUGCCGUUAAAGUUUUCGCAUAAUCUAGGGUGAGGUGGAGUGAAUGGAGUAUUGAAGGGUCAGGGGGAUGAGUGGAAAGUUUAUAUAGUGCGUUAGAGUAAGAUAUAGGACAAUGAAAAAAAAAUGUUAGUCGUAUUACAAAGCCCAAGAGAGGGGGUUGAACCAUAAUAUUCGGGGAACUUCUGUCCGUUUAGUAUUAAAUAGUUUAGUAUUAUUAGUAUUUAAACUGUGUGUGUGUGUGUGUGUGUGUGUGUGUGUGUGUGUGUGUGUGUGUGUGUGUGUGUGUGUGUGUGUGUGUGUGUGUGUGUUCAUCUCACUGUUACACCCACCCACACCUACAUCUACACAAACAAACAAGACCAAGACAUUCACAUAUGCAGGUGUAGCAUAAUUAUUGUACAGGUGUAGCCGGCAGUGGGGGGAGGGGGGCAGGCAAGAGGGCGAGGCGCCACAGGAGCAGAUCAAUAGGUAAGAGAAAGGGCGGCCUAGCGGCACCACCCUGGACCCCGUAUUCUCAGACGCUUUCGACUUUCACAACACUAUUUCCAAAGGCCACACACGAGAUUAGUCGGGUUCUCAUGAGUACUAGCCAUUCAUGGUACAGCAGGAGCCUUGUCAGACUAUCACUAGGCUCAUAAAGCUACACAUGGGAAGACUAACACAGCUUCUACGAGAGCCAUAUCAGAUGUAGAUGUGUAGACCCCGAAAUGUUGGGGUAUGCGGGCCCAGCUGGGCAUAAUACCCCUUACGUUUUGCCUUUCUAUCCAUUUCCAUGGUGUGUAAUUUGCCAUCCCUCCCCGAUUUCCUGUACCUACACCCAUUUCCCUGUCACCCCUUACCAUAUUUAUAACAACGUAACACCAUCAUAAAACCUAAAAUGUAUGGUUUUGCCUUUCUAUGUAAUUUGCCAUCCCAUCCCUGUCACUCCUCACUUUGUAUGUAACAUAGUAACACCACCACUAUACCCAUAAACUCAAUGGAUGAAUGGUUUUACUGUACUACGUAGCCUAUACAAGAACACGUCAUAUUAAACAAGAAAAAAAAAAUUUACUCAGCUUUAAUUUCAC